AUGAACAAACAUGAUGAGGGCUGUUGCUUGAUUGACACCAAUAGCAGUUCAAAACACAAGACAUGCACUGGAAUUGGAAGCAAAGCACACACUGCACCCGUCACCUACGAAGAAGCACUCAGUCGCAUCACUUCUCUUGCAGAACAGCACAGAACUCGCUUGAUAGCGACUGGAAAUGAUGAACACGUAGAUUCUCGAAAAGUCUUUCCAGCAUGUCAUGCAGUCCUCCCAAACGAUGACUGUGAAAAGGCCAUCUUGCCCGUGGUGGCCGCUGUUGGUCAAAGAUCUGCUCAAUAUGUAGCAGCGCCAUACUCGAUACCUACCCAUGAUACGUCAGCCAUGGAUGGAUUUGCAGUAUCAUCAGAAUCUACUUUGUCUGCUUCGAGGACAAACCCAGUCAGACUUCGAAUCUCUUAUAUGAUCGCCGCUGGCGAUGGGCUUGAUACGCCGAUUCAAAGCAAAGCUGCUACCAAGGAUAUCACGAAUCAUCAAACUCACAUACAAUCAGAAUGCAUUGAGAUCAUGACAGGGGCAAGGUUUCCUGAGCUCAGUCAUCCGGAGCUGGAUUCCGUUGUUAAGAUCGAAGACGUUGUCGUCAAGAGAGAUCCGAGCGAUUGUAAUUGCUGUUCAGCUUACAUUGAGGUCUCGGCACCGGUCAAGAUACACCAGAAUAGGAGAUUUGCAGGAAGUGAUCUGGCAGCUGGAACGCUGAUCCUGGAAGCUGGCGAAAUGAUCGAGCCAAAACAUGUCAUGAGCCUCGCGAGUGUCGGAUAUCGUGAUGUGAGAGUGACAACAAUUAAGGCACGAAAAAAGUCAAUCCAACCAGACGCAUCUGUACCGAAAACAUUAAGGGUCGGAGUGCUUUCGACAGGCUCCGAGUUGACUGAUGUGUACGAACAUCCACUGGAGAGACGUUCGCGGUCGCACGUAGUGUCUAGUCAGACGAUACCUAACUCAAACGGGCCAUACAUUUUAUCUAGCCUACUUCGAGUGAGCACUUCCGCCGAUGUACAAUAUUUCGGCAUAGCACAAGAUUCAGAAGACGUAUUGGAAGGAAAGUUGCGAUUCGCAAUUGAGGAUAGUCAAAUGGAUGUCAUUAUCACAACUGGGGGCGUGUCGAGAGGUAAAUUCGAUUUGAUUCGGCCUGUCAUAGAGCAAAAACUUCAAGCAAAAGUUGUCUUUCAUGGUGUCAAAGUUCGUCCGGGGUUACCAGUCUUGUUUGCACUUCUGGAGCGCGACAGAGGUGUUUCUAGGGGAAACCAGAAAAGGUCGAUUGCAUUCUUUGGACUCCCGGGCAACCCAAUAGCUACUGCUAUGGCUCUGAGGUUCUUUGUUGUCCCUUAUCUCGCUGCUCUUGGCCACGCUGAAUUCAGGGGGCUCAGCCUUCGGUCUGAGGUGCGGCUUCAACAAAUAGGUGUUUCAGGACCAUGUCAUGCCCCGCUGAAAAGGACUCAAGCACGCUCAAAGCCCAAACACCUCACGUGUUUUUGGCUUUCGAGAACGCAACUUCCGAGCAAAGACCAAUCCCAGGGAAGGUCCGAGGUUGAAGUACUGGAUGAUCAAGCUUCAUAUAAAAUGGCAAGCUUGUUGCAGGCGAAUUGCUGGAUUGAAGUCCCCGCAGGAGUAGAAUCGGUCUCCGAAGGCGAUAUCAUGGUAGUGCAUCGGCUCUGA